UAAAAACCUACUACACACUCGUAAUAUAUCUAUUUACACAGAGACGUACUGUUUCUUGAAAUCGUCUCUCACGAAACCCUUAACUAACUCAUGGUAGUGGUUGAUAUGAGGCCUGAUAAACCCCCCUCUCCUCCUCCUAAUCAAAUUCACAAGCCGAGCCCUACUAUCAAGAAUCUAUUUCCUUCUCCGGCGCUCUCUCUUAGUCUCGCGGGGAUAUUUCGACAUGGGGGUGGAGCGGCGGCGAAUUACAUGGACGUGGAGGAAGGAGAUGAAGCGGCCGGUGGCGGCAGAGGAAGCAGCAGUAGGAGAGAGGACCCCACGGAUAUAAGCAGCGAGAACUCGGUGCCCGUGAGGUCUGAUGAUGAUUAUGGCGACCAAGAAGAUGAUGUUGAUGCUGAUAAGAAUCAGAAGAAGAAGAGGAAGAAGUAUCAUAGACACACUGCUGAUCAAAUCCGUGAAAUGGAAGCGUUGUUUAAAGAAUCACCACAUCCGGAUGAGAAGCAGAGACAAGAGCUGAGCCAAAAAUUAGGUCUUCAUCCCAGACAAGUCAAGUUCUGGUUUCAAAAUCGUCGGACCCAGAUUAAGGCUAUUCAAGAGCGCCAUGAAAAUUCCUUGUUGAAAACCGAAAUGGAUAGGCUUCGCGACGAAAACAAGGGCUUGAGGGAGAUUAUCACGAAGGGUGCCUGCCUCAGUUGCGGUGUCCCUACUUCUGCUAAGGAUGCUAUAAUUUCAUCCGAGGAACAACAGUUAAGAAUUGAAAAUGCUCGACUAAAAGCCGAGAAUGAAAAGCUCAGAGCAGCCACUGGGAAGUAUGCAGUAGAAUCACCACCAGCUAGAACAACCUGUUCACCUGGCAUUGACCAAGUUGGCAGUAUAAGCUGUUCUUUAGAUUCUUACAGCUGCACUUUUGGACUCGAAAAGUCACAAAUUAUUGAGAUUGCAAACAAAGCAACUGAAGAGUUGACAAAUAUGGCUACAAGAGGGGAGCCACUUUGGAUUAGAAGCUUUGAGACUGGCCGCGAGAUACUCAAUUAUGAUGAGUACAUGAAGGAGUUUUCUGUAGAAAACUUGACGAAACGAAGGGCGAAGGGAUCAUCUGUUGAGGCUUCAAGAGACAGCGGGGUUGUGUUUAUGGACCCUUUAACAUUAGUUCAAUGUUUCAUGGAUGUGAACCAAUGGCAAGAAUUAUUCCCAUGUAUAAUCUCCAAGGCAGCUAUCGUUGAUGUUAUUGACAAUGGAGAGGGAGAUAGCAAGAACGGGGCCAUUCAACUGAUGUUUGCAGAGCUGCAGAUGCUUACACCAGUGGUGGCCACACGAGAAGUAUAUUUUGUGCGACAUUGCAAGCAAUUAACCGCUGAUCAAUGGGCAAUUGUUGAUGUCUCCAUUGACAGAGUUGAGAAUAAUAUUGAUGCAAGAUGCAGUAGACGGCCCUCUGGUUGCAUCAUCAAUGAUAAGUCCAAUGGCCAUAGUAAGGUGAUCUGGGUAGAGCAUAUCGAGUGCCAGAAAAGCACAGUUCAUACAUUGUACCACACAAUUGUUAAUAGUGGUGUAGCCUUUGGUGCAAGCCACUGGAUGAAAACGUUGCAGCUUCAAUGUGAACGCCUUGUUUUUUUUAUGGCCACAAAUAUUCCCACAAAAGAUUCAAGUGGUAUUACCACAUUGGCGGGAAGGAAAAGCAUUUUAAAAUUGGCACAAAGAAUGACAAGGAGUUUCUAUCGAGCUCUUGGAGCAUCAAAUUAUCAAUCAUGGAAUAAGGCUACAAGUAAAAAUGGAGAAGACAUAAGGAUCGCUUCAAGGAAGAAUUUCAAUGACCCCGGAGAACCUCUUGGAGCCGUGUUGUGUGCAAUUUUAUCUGUCUGGUUGCCUGUUCCUCACCAAAGCCUCUUUGAUUUUUUGAGAGAUGAGACUCGGAGGAAUGAGUGGGAAAUCAUGGCAAAUGAAGGACCAGUUCAAAACAUAGCAAGCAUGGCAAAAGGGCAGGACCGUGGAAAUGCAGUUACUAUUCAGGCCAUGAAACAUAAAGAAAAAAGCAUGUGGAUACUCCAAGACAGCUGCACAAAUGCAUACGAGUCAACAAUAGUUUAUGCACCAGUCGACAUAGGUAGCAUGCAAUCGGCAAUGACAGGCUGUGAUUCUAGCAACAUUGCUAUACUACCUUCUGGUUUCUCAAUUCUUCCAGAUGGACUCGAAUCAAGGCCUUUGGUGAUAUCUUCCAGGCAGGAGGACAAAAGCGCAGACGGGGGAUCUUUGCUUACUAUAGCGUUUCAAAUCCUCACAAGUAACUCUCCAUCAGAAAAACUCAGUAUGGAAUCUAUUGAGUCGGUAAAAACUCUAGUAUCAGGUACAUUGAAAAAUAUCAAGACAGCGUUGCAGUGUGAAAGCGGAUGACUGCUCCUAUACAACUUUCAUAUAAAGAUGCUGCUAACUAAUGUAGGGCUACAAAUAGCAUUCAGAUUCUAUUUUGUCAUUUACUAAUGCUGUGUUUGGCAACUCAAUUCUAAAACUUGAUUUAGAAUUUAAAUGGGCAAUGUUUCGGCUCCAAAGUCUACAUGAGUUGAAUUGAGCCGUC